AGCUGAGCGAACCAGUGCACCGCGCUCAUCAAUAGACACACGGAUAAAGACAAGGCUAUGUAAUACGCUUUGGCUAGUGGAUAUUUACAAUUGUUAUAAAGUAGCCUAACGUGAUAUGCGUUUUUUUUUUUUGGGAUGAGAGAGGAUAUUGUUUUUGCGACGGAGUGGCUUUGCGCGUCAAGAUACCUUAUGCACUGGAAUGUUAUCGAGUAAAUUACUUCGAUUUGACUUGUGAGAAAGUGAAACGCAUGAGCCUUUAUAGCCUACGUAUGCUUUCAAGUUCAUAGCCCGCGAAUACCGGUCGCGUUAGACGUUUGUUGUAUUUCACUAGAGCAAAUUUAACCACGGUAUCCAAUUUUGGCAGUAUACUGUAAUAGCUGCUGCUUGUCUGCCAAAAGAUGACGGAAAACAAUGAGAAGGAGAAUGAACCGCAACACCGGGACCUCCAACGUUGCCCGAGCACUGUGCCUAUUCAGCCCGAAUCAAAGCUGCAGCGACUAAAGCGCUCCUUGUCCUUCAAGUCAGUGAUGCGCAGCAAGAGUGUGGACAACUUCUUCCAGCGCCCCAGCAACGGGGAAGUCCGCCUGCCCUCUGGGAUCAUCCACGAGCCUCCGCUGACCUCCUCGCCACCACCCUUCGGGGAAACGCCCCUGACCUGCGAGCGCUCACCCUCCCUCUCCCCUUCGCUCAGCCCCAACCCCUCGCUUUCGUCCCACUCGCCCUCCCUCAGUCCCUCCCUCUCCCUGACCUCCAAAGCCCAGCUCCAGGCCCGGCUAGUGAAGACCCACUGUUUCCAGGAGCACGUCUUCCGCCGGCCCACCUGCUGCCAGCAAUGCAAACACGUGAUCCAGGGGAACUCCAAGCAGGGUCUGCGCUGUAAAGCCUGUAAGCUGGGCACCCACCUCUGGUGCUCCUCUGAGCUGUCCCAACAGCCCUGCACAGGAAAGACGGGGGCCUUUAAACGAAACUUCAGCUCCCCUCUCUUGACUAACGAUAUGUUAGGGGUGGUCAAGGAAGCUCUACCAUCGCAAGAGUCUGAUAAAGGGGGAGUUGACCCUGUGUAUGAGGCUCUGCGUUAUGGGACGUCGCUGGCACAGAUGAGUCGCUCUAGCUUCGGAAGCAUCACUGAGUCCCCCAUUCAUAAGGUGGAGAGAGUAGGGGAGGGACUGGAAACACAACCAAUCGUUGAGGAGGAGUUUGUCCCAGAGACUGAGACUCUCAAUCCUCCUGAAAGUGAGGCUGAUUCAGAGGACAGGGUCAGUCUGAAGACUCCAAAGCGCAUCGACGUCCACUCUGUACACACCUACGUGGCUCUGUACAAGUUCAUCCCUCAGGAGAAGAAUGAUCUGGAGUUGCAACCUGGCGAUCGAGUGCAAGUAACUGAUGACUCCAAUGAGGACUGGUGGAAGGGGAAAAGCAAAGACAAGCUGGGUUUCUUCCCCGCCAACUUUGUACAGAGAGUGCGCCCAGGUGAGCGUGUGUGGAAGGUUACGGGUGGUUUCCAUGGUGACCGUGACAGAGGGCAGAUGACUGUGAAAGAGGCUCAGAUCUGUGUGGGGAAGAACGAAGAGUUGGACGGUUUCCUAAAGCUGAGCAGUGGGAAAAAGAGAGGUCUAGUCCCUUCCAAGUACCUUCUGGAGAUAUGACUUCCGUCAAAGAAGGGAAUUCUCUGUGUCCCGACCCUCGUUCUGCCCUGAAGACCACCCUCUAUCAGGAGCGCUUCCCUAACACCUCACUGACUGCCAACUCCCUGGAUGUGGAAAUGGACCCUCCCACCAACACCAGAAAACAUAGAGAGGGAGGGAGAAUAUGGUGGACACUGGCCAGGAUCAAAUUGGUUUCACUGCUUUGCUUGGAGUGGUGGAAUAAUUUAGAGAGAAAGGAGGGGGGAGGGCUUCUGUUGAGCUAGCUGCUUUACCUGUGGUGUACCCUCACACUCUUUUACCUGUUCUCUCUCUCUCACACACACACACACACACACACACACACACACACACACAC